CGUCAGGGACCUGAGCCCCGGCUAAGUGCACCUGAACAGAGGCGCGGCCGGCACCCAGCCAUGACCCUGCGGGCGCGGGGCGCUCGGCUGCUCGGAGGCCUUCUGCUCUUCGCUCUGCUCGCUGCCGGCGCCGCCCCGUUUAGCUGGGAUCUCCCGGAGCCCCGCAGCCGGGCCAGCAAGAUCCGAGUGCACCCGCGGGGCAACCUCUGGGCCACCGGUCACUUCAUGGGCAAGAAGAGUCUGGAGCCCCCCAGCCCAUCCCUACUGGGGACAGCUCCCCUCAUCUCCCUGAGGGACCAGAGACUGCAGCUGAGUCAUGAUCUGCUCAGGAUCCUCCUGCAAAAGAAAGCUCUGGGCAUGAGCCUCAGUGGCCCAGCACCUCACACCCAGCACAGGAGGGUGCUGGUGCAAAUGCUGCAGAAGUGAUGCCAUUCAUCAGGAAGACAAGAUGACAUGGCUUAGAUUGUGCCCACCCAGGGAAGGUGCUGAAUGGGACCCAGGCAGCCCCAUCUGGAUGUAAAUCAUGGGCUCACAUCUCUGUUACUCCAUUACUGUGAUUUCUGGUUGGGUUGCCAGGAAUAUCGCCAAUGCAGAUGCAGAUGAUGUCCCUGCUGUAUUUCUUGCUUCCCUGUUGAAGUUGUGAAUAAAACCCUGCUCUUUACAUAGACCGUCUGGUCCUCU